AUGGGUGCCCUCUCCUUCCUAACAACAGCAGCCAUACUUGGCCUGUCAGCGGUCGUGUCUGCUCAGAACUCUAGUUCGUGUAAACCAUUGCCAAUUGUGGACCUUGGAUAUGCCCGUCAACAAGCCUCGUCAUUCAACGUGACCGGCGGUUACUAUAACUUCUCCAAUAUCCGUUAUGCCGCUCCUCCAGUCGGCGACCUUCGUUUCGCGGCUCCUCAAGCUCCUGCUGUGAACCGAACCGAAGUGCAAACCGGAAGUGUCAACCGCAUUUGCCCUCAGGGCAACCCAGCAUGGUUUGCCAUUGCCGAGGAGUGGAUACCAGAAUAUCUGCUAGACAAUAAAACCAGCUUCACCAUGUCAGAAUUUAACACUUCCACUUCCAGCAGCAACUCGUCUGCGGCUACCGCAAUUGAUCCCAGAGAGAGCGAAGAUUGUCUCUUCCUCGAUGUCAUGGUUCCUGAAGGCAUUUUCAACUCCAAUGAACAGCACCCCGUUUUGGUCUGGAUCUAUGGAGGUGGAUAUACCUCUGGUUCAAAGGCUGGCAGCGGAGAUCCUGCCGGUCUACUCGAGCGGUCUCAAAUGGACAAUUCUAGUGGUGUCAUCUAUGUGGCCAUGAACUACAGACUAGGCGCUAUGGGCUGGCUCUCGGGUCCUACUUUCCAGGAGAACGGAACCGCAAACGCGGGCCUUUGGGAUCAAAGAUUCGCUCUCGAAUGGGUUCAGCAGAACAUCCAUCUAUUCGGAGGUGAGUUUGCCAGGUAUAAUGUGACCGUGUUUGGCGAGUCGGCAGGAGGUGGAUCUAUCAUGCAUCAGUUAACAGCGUUUGGUGGCCUUAAAGGUCCAGCACCGUUCGCAGGUGCAGUGCCACAAUCACCUGGCUUCUUCCCUGUAACGUCCCCAGCCGUAGAGGAAAACACCUUCAAUGAUUUCCUCGCUCUGUUGAACGUAUCCACCUUGGCCGAAGCACGCCAAUUACCUUCCUCAGCAAUCAUCGCUGCCAGCGCACAACAAAUUGGCUCAGCCCCCUUUGGUCAGUAUAUCUACGGACCUAGUGUAGAUGGCGACUUUGUACCUGCACUGCCAGGCCAGCUGCUCGCCCAUGGCCAGUACGACAAGAACGUCUCCGUUAUGACCGGUCACAACGCAGAUGAAGGCCUCCUCUUCACGAACCCCUUCAUCAGCAAUAACUCUGACCUGGACACCUAUCUCAAAACGAGUUUCCCUGCCCUCAACUACAUGCCAGAAACCCUCAACUACAUUACUCAAGUCUUGUACCCACCAAUCUUCGACGGCAGUCAAGCCCAAAACUACACCAACCAAAUUGGUCGCACCGCAGCCAUUCUAUCGGAGUUUGUCUUUACUUGCAACACUGUCUGGCUCAAUGAGGCAUACAACAACCAGACCCACGCUUAUCUAUUUGAUGUGCCACCUUCGAUCCAUGGUCAGGAUAUCGCAUACACCUACUACAAUGGCAAUGGUAGCGCAGUCUCUGGAGCCGGAGGAAUCAGUCUCGGCGUGCAAUAUCCUUCUGUCGCUCUUGCUAUGCAGGAAUACAUUACCCAGUUUGCAAAGACUGGUAACCCGAACAUCAUGGGUGAGCCUUUCUUCCCCAUGUACGGAAGCAACCAAACUGUUCUGGCUUUGAGACCAAGAAGCAUUAGUCCGAUGAGAGAUCCUGCUUCCGCUGCGAGAUGCGCCUGGUGGCAGAAGGGUUUGUACUAUUGA